GGGUGGGGCGUUUGGGGGCUGGCGGGGCGCUUGGGGCUGCGAUGACGGAACGAGGAUAUCUUUGCUGACUUUUGCGCCCCUUUUUUGAUUGCGCUGGAAAUCGCGAGAGUCGAGUCACCUUGUUCCUGGAUUUACAGUUAUUGAAAGCAUUACUUACUUCAACAGACUAAUCGCAGCCUCUCGAACAUCAUGACGACCGAGUUCCCAGUCAAGAAGUGCGGCGUGCUCGGCGCGACCGGCUCGGUGGGCCAGCGCUUCAUCCUGCUGCUCCAGCAGCACCCAUCCUUCGUGCUGACGGCCGUGGGCGCGUCGUCGCGGUCGGUGGGCAGGCGGUACCGCGACGCGGCGCGCUGGAAGCAGUCGGCGCCCAUGUCGGCGACGGUCGGCGACCUCGUCGUGCGCGAGUGCCGGCCCGACCUCUUCGCCGACUGCGACAUCGUCUUCUCUGGGCUCGACUCGGACGUGGCCGGCGAGGUCGAGAUGGACUUUUUGCGCGCCGACCUGGCCGUCUUCUCAAACGCCAAGAACCACCGGCGCGACCCGGUCGUGCCGCUCGUGGUGCCGACGGUCAACCUGCCGCACCUGUCGCUGAUCCCGCACCAGCGCCGGCUGCACAACCUGACCAGGGGUUUCCUGGUGUGCAACAGCAACUGCGCCGUCAUCGGGCUCGUCAUCCCCUUCGCGGCGCUGCAGGCGCGCUUCGGCCCCGUCGACUGCGCCUCGGUCGUGACCAUGCAGGCCGUCUCGGGCGCGGGCUACCCGGGCGUGGCGUCCAUGGACGUCAUCGACAACGUGGUGCCCUUCAUCAAGGGGGAGGAGGACAAGCUCGAGACGGAGGCGCGCAAGAUCCUGGGCGGCGUGGCCGCCGACGGGACCGCCUUCGUCGAGCAGUCGGCCCUGAGGGUCAGCGCCGCCUGCAACCGCGUGCCCGUGCUCGAUGGCCACACGGCCUGCGUCUCGCUCCGCUUCGCAAACAGGCCCGCGCCCGCCGCGGCAGAGGUCAAGGCCGCGCUCGCGUCGUACGUGUCCGAGGCCGAGUCGCUCGGCUGCCCGUCGGCGCCCUCGCCCUCCAUCCUGGUGCACGACGAGGACGACAGGCCCCAGCCCCGCCUGGACCGCGACCUGUCCGGGGGUUACACGGUCAGCGUCGGCCGCGUGCGCGAGGACGAGAGCGGCAUAUUCGACAUCAAGUUUGUGGCGCUGAGCCACAAUACCGUCAUUGGAGCAGCAGGAUCCUCGAUCCUGAAUGCCGAAGCGGCUGUCCUCAAGGGCUACCUGUGAUCCAGCUGGCUGGGAGAGGGUGUGUGGACCGCAUCAACUUUUAGAGUUCGAAAGAGGGGUAAAAAAUAGGGGGAGGGGUAUGUAGGGAGGAUCUAACGGGCUCGAUCAAAAUGGUAUGAUUUUCUCUAGCUGUUUUCUCUGGAACGUAUUCGGGUGGUGUCACAAUGGGUUUGGUGGCGGUUGCAUACUUGUUUAUAGAGGGUGUCAAACAAGACCAAAAAGAAGGCGUAUUAUGGACACCCAAUACUCUCUCUGUGCCUGUGUGGUGUGUGUCUUGCCGGGCCCGGGGUGACUCGAGACCAUGUGUGAUAUCGACCGCCCCAACACCCGAGAAGCGGUU